CAUGUAUGAUCUGCUACUCUGUGACACACAUGUUGUUUCCUUUUCCAGUUUCGAGAGAGUCAAGAGGCAGACGGGAGACUCUCUUACACAGCUGCUCCCCAGGCAGAGCAUCCACUCACAGGACAGGUUCUUAGCAUGGCCACCCAAAACUACAGCGUCACUCCUCCACGUGAGUAUCCGCACAGUCACCUCUACGCUGCUCCAGGGGCCCAAAUGAUGAGAAGCAUGACUUUCUUGCUUACACAAAUGGCUUAAGUAACUUGGCACAGGGAUAUCCUGGCACAUUCCAAUUCCCAAAUGGUUACUUUUGCCAAUUUAGAUAUGAAGUUAAGGGCUCGUUGUCAGUUUUAUUUUCUCUUGGGUUCUUGUUUCAGCAUGAGAGGCACCCCCAUAAAUAUCUGACUUUGGUCAGUGACGAAUCCACGAUGGCACGUGACUGGUAGGGAUGCAAUAUCCAGCCGUGUGUUUAUCCUCUUGGAAACAUGGAUAAUUCUUUGUUUAGAAAUUCAAAUUCCUCUAUAAUUUGUAAUCAUUUAGCUUUCUGGUGUGUGCGAAUGGUUAACACAUCCUAGAAGAGUCCGAAAGAAACUUUGUAGCAUAGUCCACUUUCAAUGUGUGUCUGAAGGCUCUGUGGUCAGGCACACCAAGAGCAUGUCUCGUUGUACAGUGUUCUGAAAUAUGUUUGUACUUUGUAAAUCCACAAUUCUUAGAGCCUCUUUUACCAAGGGAUAUUUAAAUAAAUAAAUAAAAAGUCUUAACCCUUUGAGUGCCAGGCGGUGCACAAAACACUACAGUAUAUUGAAUUUUCUGGGGCUCGCUGAGGCUGGAAGGUUUCGCUGAGCAUUGUCUGGUCUCCCAGGAGUUAAUUCCAGGCUGUUUGCUCGCUAUGUGUACUAACUCGUGUGUGAAAUAAACGCAAAAUGGGGAAAACGACAUGGAAGAAGAAACUUUGCAUUUUUGGCCUUUAUAUUCUAAAAGUUUCCAAAAUGUAACUGCGGAUCUGUUUCAGUGCGAGACAUCCUAAACCUGGUGUUAUCUGCAGCAAUUACUAGCAGCCUGUGUGUGCAACAUGAGACAGACACAACAGCUGACACACAGUACUGACAGGGAGCGGUUUUUGGCACCAAUGACUUAUCUCUUCCAUAGAUUUCUAGUCCGUUAUCUAGAAUAGAGCAAAUACCAUUCCUGAUGUAGGAGGAGUGAGAAAAACACAUCCCUGGUGUGAAAUAUUCAGCUACAGUAACUAUGACAUUGAAAACUACUGCACGUCUUCUGUCCUGUGAAGUGAUGCUGGUCCCUAAUACACCUAUCAUCAGUAACUAACGUAGAUUCAUAGAGACCGCAAGCAGAGCAAGAUUUGCUUCCAGAAAGAAUUAAAAAGAGUUCAUUGUCCAGGCUCAGACACGUUUGAUGUUAACUAUUCCGCAGGGUGUGCAGUACAUCUCAUCUGAAACAGUGAAUGUAAAUGUCAGUCGCAGUUUGCAUGACGCUGGAAUGACGCCGUCUUAGAAAGAAUAUAGUGUCGUUACAGCAAUGUUAAUCACAGAGACAUUUAAAAUGAUGCUGCAAGGUCUGUGAUUAGAGUUUAUACAUAGGGAUACCGGGUAUCAGCCUUCAAGAUACUGUCAGCUACAACUCCCAUCGCUCUCAGCCCACAACAUUAACCUCUAAACCACCCUUUGCACUAAGUCCCUUUAUUCCGAAAUAUAACCCCCUUCCUGAUCAUGGCAGGUUUUUUCUUAAUUGUUCUUAGUCUUAGUUUACUUUACAGACUUUUUAAGGGUCUAUAAAUGUGCUUGUUGUAGUCUUUCUGUAUCUGGCUGUUGGUCGUUGUAUUUCUCCAGCAUUCCUGUUUUACACUGGUAAUAGAGAAAUCCUUUUUAAGCAAACACUUGCUUUCUUGGUUUUUAUUAACUUUUUUUUGCUUUUAAAACUUUAAAAAAUAUAUAUUUUUUGCUUCCAUGUUGCAAUCCCGCUUCACUCAGUGUUGUUUGAUCCACCAGUUACAAUGCAUAGUUUCCAUCAAUGCUUUUUCUAAAACUCUUGAAGUGUUCAUUUAUGGGUAAAAAAUUAUCAUUUAAAUACAUAAAGGGAAUCAACACAGUAAAGGAGGAGACUAUAUUUAAAAGAAGAAAAACUACCACAACAAGAGGACAUAGUCUUAAAUUAGAGGGACAAAGGUUUAAAAAUAUUAUCAGGAAGUAUUACUUACUGAGAGGGUAGUGGAUACAUGGAAUAGCCUUCCAGCUGAAGUGGUAGAGGUUAACACAGUAAAGGAGUUUAAGCAUGCGUGGGAUAGGCAUAAGGCUAUCCUAACUAUAAGAUAAGGCCAGGGACUAAUGAAAGUAUUUACAAAAUUGGGCAGACUAGAUGGGCCGAAUGGCUCUUAUCUGCCGUCACAUUCUUUGUUUCUAUAUUACAUUAUUCGUUGUUUAUGUGUUGUUAUGGGAAAUUAGAUUGUUGGACAAAGCAGGGAAUGUGCAAAAACAGAGCCGCCCUAAGCAACUGGGGGUUAGAAGAGAAAACAUAUAUUAAUUUUAAGUGGUAAAAAUUAUUGUGUACGUGAUAAGGGACGUGGUUUCGAAGAAAACACCGUAGUAACAGAAUAACUUUAUGUAACGCACAGGAAAUAUAUUUAAAGCACCUACAGAAUAAAGUGAUUGAUGCAAUAUUAUCUCACCGACCUUAUGUUCAGCCUUCCCCUCUCUCCCAAAUAGUCAUUCCUGGGGCUGUGGGUGCCCAUAUCCACAAGCUGUAUUAUGUUAUAAGGCAGAUCUGAUCACACUCAAUUAGCUUCCCAUCUGUCCUGUAAUGGCCUAACAGUCUAUCUUCCUGCUAAUGCAAACAGGAAAUCCUUGCAUCCUGUCUAAAUCGGUGUGGAUCCUGAACAGAAAUUCACUAAUGUUUAAAAAAAAUAAAAUAAAAUGAACUCUCUCAAGUUAAGGUUUUUCUGGGUCUCUAAAUGCUCCUCACCCGAAGGGUUGGGCAGUCUCUUGUUUAUGGAGCAUCUGCUGACCAUGCGGGGGUGUUUGGAUGAGAUGAAAUCUGAACUCAAUACAUAUCCAGAUGGACACAGUGAGGUCCAUGUUAUUGUUACAUUUUUUGUCUGAUUACAGUAAAUGGUUUUCAAUAAAUAUUCAUGUGUAAUAAGCAAUGUUUAUUUAUAACAAGAAAGGAAAAAUUGUUAUAUCAUUAGUUAAACCUAAAACCGACAUCCCAGAACUUAACUUAAGUAUAUAGUUACGUAACUCAUAUAUUGAAUAAACAUUUAUUUGCCUCUAUCCUGGACCUGAGGGCCGCCAUCUUGGAUCCAAGUCAGUCAUUUUACACCUGGCAGUCAGCCAAUUGUCUCUUUCCUAUCCUGCAAUGGAAUGUGUGCCCUUGAUGUGCCAGGACUGAACUGGAUUGAAAUUGAAUCGCUACAUUUUGAAUAUACAAUUAAAACAAAAUGGAACAUGGCAUGGAAAUUGGUUAACUGACAUUUCUAGGCGCUUUACAGUGUUUUAUUUUGUGGGGUAAUUUACAGAGAAGUGACCCUUCCCCUUUAAAUCAAUCCACUGAAUCGCUGCCUGUUCAAUCCCAUGGUUUGAGCCCUAGAGAUGCAGAAGUGUUUAGUCUUUUAGAUUUUUUUGUAUGCUUUGUGAACUUUUCCACUUUCGCUGUGCCAAAUUCUCUGUAUGCUUGGCUGAAUUUCUUACUUAUCGCCCAGAGCCAAUAGGAAAUCUUUCUAGCAGUUGAGAAACGGAAUCUUAAAAACACUAAGUGGACAAAGAUCAGAGUUUGUUAAAGGAAUACAUAUAUAUAUAUAUAAAAGCAUCUUUAGUCUUAUACUUGGAGGGAAAUUCCACUUCUUCUAAACUUGUUUUAUAAAGAACGGACGUGUUUUUAAUUUCAUUUAGCAGCUUCUCUGUUAAAUGAAGCACAAAGUCACUGUCUGUGUAAGUCUAUUUUGUCCAUAUUAAGUUAUCCAUACAGGUUGUUUUUUUUUUUGUCCAAACCAAUAUUUGACUUCUGGGAGUGGAUCAAUGCCCACAUUCUGUGAGCUUUUAAUAAGCUUCAUUGUUACGCCCUCUAGAAAUGGGCAAGUUGGCUUGUGCAGGUAUUUUACCAGCCAUACCUGGCUUAAUACAAUGUGUGCACCUGGAGCCUACGGACUGUGUGUUUAAAAAAAGCAAAAGUUGAGCGUGAAGUUGGUUAGAUAAUGUUGCAGUAAUUAACUUCCUUAAUGCAAAUAUAUUACUGCAGCUAACAUGCAUCUGGGUAUCAUUUUUCCAGACCUUUUUCUCCCUGGUCUCCACUGAUCUCAUAAAGGUCGUCCUCUGCUGUGGCGUGCUGUGCUCUAACAAAAAAGGUACUUCCAUCUAACCAGUGCCGGUGCUAGGAUUUUAAGUUACACAGGCGAACAUGCAUUUUGGUGCCCCUCAACCUCCUUUAAAAAAAAAAAAUGCAUCUUCACCUGUGUGUAUUUCCUCCCAAGCCACAGGCAUAUUUUUUCACUCACACAGUCAUACAAACACAGAAAUAAUCAUACAGAGACAUUUAGACACAUACAGUCAGUCAGAGACAUACAGACAUACAGGCAAAGACAUACAUGCAUACAGAGACAUGAAGGCAUAUAAAAACAUGCAUACAUACAGAGGCAUACCGUCAUACAGACACAUACAUACAUACAGAAACAUACAUACAAAGACAUCCAGGCACAUACAUACAUACAGACACAUACAUACAUACAGGCAUACAAAGACAUGCAUGCAUACAGAGACAUACUGCCAUACAGACACAUACAUAUAUACAGGCAUACAGAGACAUACAUAUAUACAGGCAUACAGAAACAUACAUACAAAGACAUACAGGCAUACAUACAGAGACAUACAGGCAUACAGAAACAUACAUACAAGACAUACAGGCAUACAGACACAUACAAACAUUCAUACAUAGAGAGGCAAACCGUCAUACAGACAUACAUACAUAAACAUACAUACAAAGACAUACAGGCAUACAGAGACACACAGACACAUACGUACAUACAGAGACAUAAAGGCAUACAGUUACACACAUGCAUACAGAGACAUAUAUACAGACAUUCAGAGACAAACAAACAUUUAGUUACAUACAUGCAUGCAUACAGAUACAUGCAUGCAUACAGAGACAUACAUACAUAGAGAUAGAUACAUACAUACAGAGACAUACAUACACAGACAUACAGACAUACACACAUACAGAGACAUACAUACAGAGACAUACAUACAUAGAGAUAGAUGCAUACAUACAUACAGAGACAUACAUACACAGACAUACAGACAUACACACAUACAGAGACAUACAUACAGACAUACAUACAUACAGAUACAUACAUGCAUGCAUACAGAUAGAUACAUACAUACAGAGACAGACAUACAGAAACAGACAUACAUACAUACAGAUACAUGCAUGCAUACAGAUAGAUACAUACAUACAUACAUACAUACAUACAGAGACAUACAUACAUACAGAGACAUACAUACAUACAGAAACAUACAUACAGAGACAUACAUACAGAGACAAACAUACAUAAAAACAGAGACAUACUGACAUACACAUACAUACAGACAGAGACAUACAGAGACAUACAGAGACAUACAUUCAGACAGAGACAUACAUACAUACAUACAUACAGAGACAUACAGAGACAUACAUAGAGACAUACAGACAUACAUUCAUACAGACAUACAUACAGAGACAUACACACAUACAGAGACAUACAUACAUACAUACAUACAGAGACAUACAGAGACAUACAUUCAGACAGAGACAUACAUACAUACAUACAUACAGAGACAUACAGACAUAAAUACAGAGACAUACAUAGAGACAUACAUAGAGACAUACAGACACACAUUCAUACAGACAUACAUACAGAGACAUACAUACAUACAUACAUACAGAGACAUACAGACAUAAAUACAGAGACAUACAUACAUACAUACAGAGACAUACAUAGAGACAUACAUAGAGACAUACAUAGAGACAUACAGACACACAUUCAUACAGAGACAUACAUACAGAUACAUACAUGCAUGCAUACAGAUAGAUACAUACAUAGAGAUAGAUACAUACAUACAGAGACAGACAUACAGAGACAGACAUACAUACAUACAGAUACAUGCAUGCAUACAGAUAGAUACAUACAUACAUACAUACAGAGACAUACAUACAUACAGAAACAUACAUACAGAGACAUACAUACAGAGACAAACAUACAUACAAACAGAGACAUACUGACAUACAUACAGAGACAUACACACAUACAGAGACAUACAUACAGAGACAUACAGAGACAUACAUUCAGACAGAGACAUACAUACAUACAUACAGAGACAUACAUAGAGACAUACAGACAUACAUUCAUACAGACAUACAUACAGAGACAUACACACAUACAGAGACAUACAUACAUACAUACAUACAGAGACAUACAUACAGAGACAUACAGAGACAUACAUUCAGACAGAGACAUACAUACAUACAUACAUACAUACAUACAGAGACAUACAGACAUAAAUACAGAGACAUACAUAGAGACAUACAGACACACAUUCAUACAGACACACAUUCAUACAGACAUACAUACAGAGACAUACAUACAUACAGAGACAUACAGACAUAAAUACAGAGACAUACAUACAUACAUACAGAGACAUACAUAGAGACAUACAUAGAGACAUACAGACACACAUUCAUACAGACAUAAAUACAGAGACAUACAUAGAGACAGACAUACAUACAGAGACAGACAUAGAGACAGACAUACAUACAGAGACAGACAUACAGACAUACAUACACAGACAUACAUAAUUACAUACUUACAUCUGUUAAAUCUUGUCCCCUGGGUGCAUGCUGUCCGGCUCUGUGGAGUCCAGUCCUGCAACCCAGCCCCAUCACAGGGCGCCAGCCGCGCUGUGUGGGACACAGGGAGCAGGGAUAUGAUGUCAUUCAUAUCCCCGCCCCCUCCACACAGCCUGCGGCAGACACCAGGAUAGGAGGUGGGCGGGCCGAGGCUGAGCUCCGCGGGCGGGAAUCUCUGGGCUGCGCUCGGUAGUAACCAGCUGGAGGGGAGCCAGGUGCGCUUCCCUCCUUCCUGUCUGCCUGAUGUCGCGCCCCCAGGGCUGGUGCGCCCUAAGGCGGCCGCCUGGGCCGCCUUAUGGUAGCGCCGGCCCUGCAUCUAACCCAGUUAUGCGCCAGUCUUCUCACUGCAGCUCUGCUUUGCCCACUGGAGAUCAUGUCCCAGACAGUCCAAUACAUCUCUUAGUGUGAUAGAGGAAACCCUCCUGAUUGUCUAGUGAUAGCCAAGAGAUGUAACCAAGGUGGUUUAUAAAAGUGCUGCUUUCCUUUUACAAAAUAAAACAGAUGGAACUUGCUAGAUUAACUCUGCAUGUCUGCCGGCGGACGUUAUUUAAUGGUUUGAAUAUUCCUUUAUGUAAAAUCUUAUCAUAUAACCUAGUUUCUGAGCAUGAUUUAUCAGUUAGACAUCUCAGAGCUCUGACACCCAAUUGACAGCAUUUAUUGGAUAAUCCCUUCCACUGUCUGUGAAUAAUCUCUCAUUAAUGCAAGAACCAUGGAAGAAUUCUAACACCGUGAAAUAAAGACUGCUAUGGGUUACUGCAAUGAUUGAGCACUGAUAACAUCACCUGUUUUCUAGCUAAAAUCGACCUCUUUGGUGAGGGAUUCUAAAAAAAUUGGUAUUUCCAUUAUUAUAAUAUUUGCUAUAUAUUGUUUUGGUUAAGUCAUUAAACACGUUCACAAACAAAGCCCAUAUCCUCUGAACAGGGAUGUUUUACACAAGUACACCCUAGGCACCAUAACCACUACUGGAGCCAUCUACUGGCAUACCUCCCAUCAUUGGGAGUUCUCCCCCCAUGCAGCAGACCUAGAAGGCAUCUGCUUUCUGUGUCAGGCUGCUGUUCUUGCCCUCGUCAUUCACCAACGGUCGGAGAAAAGAGGAGAUGUGUGUAGUCCCUGCGUCUUAUCCUUCACACACAGCGCAAGGUCUCACAUAAUGAGGGCCUAAUGUUGACGCGUUUCCAUUGGCUGGCUGUGGUUAUGCACUUCCCUUUGAAGGCACAUGCUCAGUUGUCGCUAUGGGUUAAUUUGGGUAUUUGGCCCAAGGCCGGAGGUUUUGCACCCAUACAUUACAGGCAUAGCUGUGAUCCCUCCCACUGCAGCAGAUCUGUUUAAUUCAAGCUUGUGGAUAAUGCUUAGUACACGGUCGUAUUGUGCAUGAAUGAUGCGUGGAUUCUGGCUGUGCCAAUGAUGACCGAAGAUAUCCCAAACAUGUUCUGGUGCUUCAGUAGGGCCAUAAAAAGUAUAUUGCACAGCUAUCUUAACGAUAUAAAAAAAUAUGUAUCUCACAGUAAAUUAAUGUAUUGCAAUUUCUUAAAAGUUAAUAUAAACUGAAAAAGAAAUGGCGCUGAGAUGCAGACUUUAUGUGUUUUUGAUUCAUAUAUGGUUUAUCUAAUAUAAUACAUAUUAAAAUCUCUUUCCCUAGAAUAGCGGCUGCAGCAAACUUUAUUUAUUUAUUUUUACCCAUUUCAUACCGAUCUCAGUUUGUGAGAACUGGAGAAUAAAGUAUUCAGCUGUACGUGUCACACAAGGACCCCCUAUGUAGGAGAUUGUGGUGACUUUAUUUAGUGCCAAAUAGGAGUCUGAGAUGCAGCACGUGGUAUUGUAAGCCCCUGGUGCGAGGAGAUUGCAUAUUACCAACUGAGCCCCCACGUCUGCCAGUCUAAUCAUGUUUGAUCAUGUGGGCACCAUGUGGCAGCUGUUGCAUUUGGUCCUGUUAGGUUAUCUAAUUCAUAAUUAACUGUAUUUACUGCAUGCUGUACCCUGGGGGGGUAUCACGUGACCAUUGCCCCAAGAAGUUUAUAGGAAGACUUUGUGUGCUUUAACCCACGGAGGUUUAAAUAAUAAAUGAAGGUAAUUUCUAUAAAAAAUACAUUUUGUUUCCAUGUGUACUAUGUGUCAUUGUAAGGAUCUUACGUUGCACAGAAAGGGGGGGCCCUUGUGAAAGUAAUGGCCACCAAUCCACUGGGGGGAGUGUGGAGGGUAAUAGUGAAAUUUUCACCAUGCAUCUCACUAUAUAUAUAUUAUUAUUAUUAUUAUUAUUAUUAUCGCCAUUUAUAUAGUGCCAACAAAUUCCGUAGCACUUUACAAUAUUAUUAGAGGAGGGAUUUAACUAUAAAUAGGACAAUUACAAGAAAACUUACAGAAACGAUAGGUUGACGAGUGUAUAUAUAUUUGUGUGUGUAUGUAUAUACACAUUGCUUUUUUUUAUUUACAACAAACACUCUUUCUGCCUGACUUGUAUUAGGCAGAAGCUUCAGACCGAACAUGCUGUAGGCAGAAAGAGUGCUUGAUUACUAAAAACCAUAGAACGUGGUAAAAUAGCGAGCACUGGGUCAAAUGGCUUUAAAAAAAAGCAUUGCAAAUAAUAAAAAAAAAUAAUAAAAAAAAAUGAUAUAACAUUAAGAUUAUGCUAAGUCAGAUAUUAAAAUCAGUUAAUGUCAGUGUUCCUUAAAUUUUUCAAACAGUUAAAGCUGUUUAAAUACAUAUUUCAUAUUCCACCCAGGACAGCAAUGGCUGUUAAAGCUCUAAUCAUUUUUUUCUGUUGCAUGUCUGUUUUGACACAUUAUAAACUGAAUUAGAUUGCAUACUAUUUUUUUCCACAAUUCAUCCACUAACUAUCGAGCAUUUCAAGAAAAACAUGUAUAUUUCGUUCUUUUUGUUUGUCGAAUGAUUAGAUCUGAGGUCGGCUACCCACAGCUUUUCAGUUGUUGAUGAAUUACCCCUAGCAGAGGAAUGAGAGGCUGUGGAGACACAGGUGCCCUGUUGAUGACGUCAGAUCAUGCAAAUCUUUUGACAUUUGGAGAACUGUAGGCUGCUUACUAAUGAUGAUAAAAUGUGUCUACUAGAUCAUUAGGCAAGCAGAUCUUGGGAGUUGUAGUUUCGCAGCAGCUACAUCAACAAUUUCCCUACACUUAGAUGUUGCCAUAUUUUAUUGACUUCUAGCAUAGAAUUAAAUAUGUUAUAGUUUAUUUAUCAGCAAGAUUUUCCUAGAUUCGCUCAGAUAUCUUUGGAUUAUGACAGGUGAAUGAGCAAAGUUGUAUGCCAGGAUCAUAGGGAAGUCCCUGCUAUUUCCUGGUGAAAUAUGGUCUUUUCCCAGCUCUGGGGAGCUUAAAACUGGACAUUUAGACAUUGUCUACCAAUUAAGUUUAUACUGCUAAGUAUUGCGUUUUUAAACUUCCAGUAUAAUAAAUGUGGACUCGUUGACUUAAGUAGUAGACAGCAGGGUUGAGCUGAAAUUUAUUUAAUGGUUUAACAGGUUUGUGUUGUGUAAAAGGAGCAAUUUUGGUAGUGUUUCUUUGAGUUGGUGCAAAAGAAUGCGAUUCAGAAGUCAUUCAUGCCCGUGUAAUCGAAGCCUGCUUGAAAUUUGCCGGGAUAUUCUGCUUUGAAUUCUUUGUACUAAGUGUAUAAAAUCUCCCAGGGGUCUUUUUUCCAUUAGUUCAUAAAAUUAAUAGUCUAAAUUCAAUUAAAGCUGGCGAAGGCCUGGAGGGCAGCGUGCCCAGAGCUUUGAGAAAAAAGAGCAAUGAACAGACAAACAAUGUCAUUUCUUAACGGCGGUCUCCAUAAAGAGAAUGUCCCCUGUCAUUUCCAAUGCCUAUUAUUUUAACCUCCUGCAUUUUAACUCUAAUUUGGGUGGGAAACACAUGGGGGUGAGAUAGGAUCAUGUCACCAUUCCAAAUAAUCAAGCGAUCGUUAGAUGAAUGUGCUGUAUGUCAAUGAACUGUGGAAAUCUUAAAUUCUGAUAUAAAACAAAACUGACGUUCUAUCCAGUAUACAUGUAUAGUAUCUAUAUAGAUUGUUGAAACACCCACUCCCCGGCUCGGACUCACUGCUGCAUUGGCCCUGUGUAAACAAUUUUUCAGCUGGUUAGAACAAUUAUCACAGCGCCUACAUUGCAUGUACUUUAGUUUCUGAGAAAGACGGUUCUCCUGCUCUUCCCUGCCAAUCAACUGUCAGUGUACCCCUCAUAGGUACUGUUUAACAUGGUAUGCAUAUCUGGUGGUCCUAUUUCUUGUGUUCUUAAAAUUUACAGGCUGUUUAAAGAUAAACUAGACCUCAACUUUUCUUGACUACCCAGUGACAGUGGAGAACAGAAGAACCCCAGGUCAGAUGGUUCAACUUUCUAUCACAGCAACUACAAUGCAAGCACUGCAGGUGCUAUGAUAGUUCAUGGCGCUUUGCAGGAGACAUAUUUGAAAGGAGUGUCUGAUGUCACUUAAUUUUGAAGCUUACGUGGUAGUAGUGAAGCCAGCAUGUUGUUACAGGGAGGGGAGAGAGAUGUGACCUGCUUGGAGAAUCAUCCAACACAGGCCCAGAACAUAGGUGCAAAUGGGGGGUGGGUGUUACAUGGUUCCAACACCCACCGGCUCUGCUUAAAUUUGUCGCUACAGAUGCAGUAAGUUCUAAAUAUAUAAUAUACAAUAUAUCUCUCUGAUAUUUAUUGCAUAGGGAGGUGUCAGUGCUUCCUCAGAGCAGGAUUAACUACAAAGUGACACUAGGUGGCUGCUUAGGGACAAGGGGUAAGACAGGGACCACAGAACCUCUAAUUGGCACGACCCAUUAACCAAUUUCUAUCAAAGAAUGAAGGAGAGGAGCCAACCGCCUAAGAUCCCGUGUGAUUUUAAUCCUUUUCUGUGCUUAAUGUGAACCUUAAAGCAAGCAGCUCCACACAGGUAAGAAGGACACAAGGCCCUGUUCUUGCAAGCUUUGCAAUCUACCUCCAUGGGUUUCAUGGUCAGUCCAUACUCUUGGACAAACUUCUGCAAUUUCCCAUCAGUCUCUGCCAGCACACAAUGGGUUACAGAUUGAGGAAAUAGCUUUCUUCCUCACAAAACCAUCUUUCCUCCCUAAUGACAUGGCCUCCUGCCAUGACUUCAUGCUGAAGCUGAGGUAUUAAGAAUUCAGCAACAUGUCUGUUAUCUAGGAUGCUGGAGUUUAUUUUGUCCCAGCUCAGAUAAAUCCCGAGGAGGAGCUAAGCUGUUUAUCAGUAGUCUGCAGGAACAACAGGGAGGGAAAGAGUUAUAAGGCUGGGCUUUGAAGUGUGCCCUGAGACUCUGCAAAGUUUGGUAGCAGUUGGAGAUAAGAAACCUGCCCUUGCGUGCUAACAAAUUACUAGCACUGCAGUGCCACCGCGCCUGCUAAAAUUAGUCACUUAAUGAAUUUCAAAACUUGUUCAUAAAUUAAUUUCUUACUUAAUCACAGAUUAAUGUUUCCAGAGAUAUAUUUGAUUUUAUUAUGUGUUCCUUUGCUUAAUGCUUAGUAUACUGGUAUGUUUUCAUCACUGAUCUAAAGAGAAUCACUCAUCACUCUAACAAAGUCUGUUUUUAUGGUUAUGGUGUAAGGAGGUCCCCUGUCUCCCCGCACACAGUGUAUUAUAACUGCAGCUAUAAGGUUAUGGUGUAAGGAGGUCCCCUGUCUCCCCGCACACAGUGUAUUAUAACUGCAGCUAUAAGGUAAUGGUGUAAGGAGGUCCCCUGUCUCCCAGCACACAGUGUAAUAUAACUGCAGCUAUAAGGUUAUAGUGUAAGGAGGUCCCCUGUCUCCCCGCACACAGUGUAUUAUAACUGCAGCUAUAAGGUUAUGGUGUAAGGAGGCCCCUUGUCUCCCCACACACAGUGUAUUAUAACUUCAGCUAUAAGGUUAUGGUGUAAGGAGGUCCCCUGUCUACCCGCACACAGUGUAUUAUAACUGCAGCUAUAAGGUUAUGGUGUAAGGAGGUCCCCUGUCUCCCCGCACACAGUGUAUUAUAACUGCAGCCAUAAGGUUAUGGUGUAAGGAGGUCCCCUGUCUCCCCGCACACAGUGUAUUCUAACUGCAGCUAUAAGGUUAUGGUGUAAGGAGGUCCCCUGUCUCCCCGCACACAGUGUAUUAUAACUGUAGCUAUAAGGUUAUGGUGUAAGGAGGUCCCCUGUCUCCCAGCACACAGUGUAUUAUAACUGCAGCUAUAAGGUUAUGGUGUAAGGAGGUCCCCUGUCUCCCCGCACACAGUGUAUUAUAACUGCAGCUAUAAGGUUAUGGUGUAAGGGAGGUCCCCUGUCUCCCCGCACACAGUGUAUUAUAACUGCAGCUAUAAGGUUAUGGUGUAAGGAGGUCCCCUGUCUCCCCGCACACAGUGUAUUAUAACUGCAGCUAUAAGGUUAUGGUGUAAGGAGGUCCCCUGUCUCCCCGCACACAGUGUAUUAUAACUGCAGCUAAAAGGUUAUGGUGUAAGGAGGUCCCCUGUCUCCCCGCACACAGUGUAUUAUAACUGCAGCUCUAAGGUUAUGGUUUAAGGAGGUCCCUUGUCUCCCCGCACACAGUGUAUUAUAACUGCAGCUAUAAGGUUAUGGUGUAAGGAGGUCCCUUGUCUCCCCGCACACAGUGUAUUAUAACUGCAGCUAUAAGGUUAUGGUGUAAGGAGGUCCCCUGUCUCCCCGCACACAGUGUAUAAUAUCUGGAGCUAUCAGGAAUUUAGGAGGAGUUAUUUUGUUAGGGCCUUGGUGCCAGAAGCAUUAGGUAGUAGCCUCCCACCAAACAUUAAACAAUAAAAUGUUGCCUGGGGGUUAAUACAGAUCCAGGGAACAUCUACUGUUAAAUCAACACCCACCAGUCCAGGAAAAAGUAGGGGGCAUUGUGCUGGGUGAAGCUCUUAGCGUUGAUACCUUGAAAGCCACACUUAAUAUUUACUUGUAUUCUUGGUUCUUGCUCUUUGGAGGCCAGGAGCAUGGGACGUUUGUAUCCUGCUUCCUGCUUAUUCAGAUGAAUCAUGUGAUAUCUCACAGGACAUUCAGCUGAUUGUGCGUUCCAGUUUAUAACAGCAAUUACGAUCUUCCUGGUAAAUGCAAAUCAGAACAAAGCUCGGUUUGAGGCAUCGCACUGUGAAACCCUCACUACACCUCGAACUGCAAGUCCGACUUCCUUGUGCGUGCUAUCGGUGGAUUACUGACUGUGAUCAUCAUUUGAGAAACUUGCCAGGAAUCUACGCACAGGAUAUGUCCCACAAACAGAGUUCAUAUGAAAUUGUUUCUUGAUGGCAAAGGUUUUUUCAAUACAGUUAGAAGAUGAAGGUUAAAUCUGAUGAUAAAAUGUAUAUUUAGGAAAACAGUUUAUCCUGAGAAAGUGUCAUUGUGAUGCAUGUGAGUCUAGAUGAAGUGCUAAGACAAUGGUCCCUGUUUCGCAGUGUGGUUCCCCUCUCCUUGAUCUCCAAGUUAUAUAUUUAGAAAUGAAGAAAUAAAGGUUCUGUUAUAUUAUUUAUCUUAAAGGGCAAUGCUGUUUCACUUGGCGUUCCCCAUGUGGGGUCUGGCCAGUAUGCAUAUUUGAAUGUAUAUGUGCUUCCCCGUCGUGAAAGGUUGCAGUGAGAAAUGGAAUUUAUAGACAGUCAACUAAUUUGUUAAAUAUAUAUAUAGACAAAAUAAACUAUUUAAAUUGGAUUUGGUUGUGCUAAAAUUCACCAUUUGGUAAAUAAACUCCUUGGAUUUAACACAAUUUUUUCUGAAAACAGCUAUCUGGGCACUUUCUGAAUUUUUUCCCUGUAACCAUAUGAUAAACAAACAUCUAACGCUGACAUGCAGGGCUCUCUGACACUGAGUUACCCUACUGCAGACCCACUCUUUGUAAAUACUAAAGUAGCUCCAACAGAGAAUAAACAUAUCACAUAUUUUUAUGUUAAAGGAACACUAUAGUGUCAGGAAUACAUAUGGAAAACACCAUUUAGAUUACAGGCCUCUCUUGCCUCCCGUGAGAAGGUAAUUUAUUCACCUUUUUAUCCCACACCUCACUGGAUUUGCCUUGGAUGACUCCGGGCCACUCUGCUUCUUCUGAAAUCAUCAGUUUUGGCUACGCUGGUUUAUUCUUAAUGAAUAAAUACAUCACUAUGGGGAACGUUCACCAGUGACCCAGGAAGGACCUCUAGUGGCCGUCAAGUGACUGCCCUAGAGGCUGCCCCUUUAAACAUUGGUUGCAAGGUGACUCGGCUAUUAUUUCCUUUAAAUAACGCAGUGCCUUAUCAAAUAAAAAGGAAUCCUGUCUAGAUAUUGAUAUGUGACGAUUCCCUGUGUUAGCUGAGCUUGACAGCGUGUAGGAAUUUAUAUGGAGCAGAAGGAAACAGAAAAUCAAAACAUAUUGGAGCCUAGGGAAUGAGAUCUGCAGAAACAGGAAACAAUGGUUUCAAAGCACUUCAGAGGCUGAAAAGGAGAAGAAAACGGGUAAGUUAGAGACAUGCCAGGCACCUCCUGAUGCCAAAGAUAUACUCCCCAGGAACUGCCAUAAUUUCCUCCCAUGCAACCAAAUGUAUCAGUGUGCUUCCAUGAACCCAUGGCUCUAUGAGUGGCUAGCGUGUUACUGGACACUUUAUCAUGGGAAGGAAACAUAGAUGAUUUCCUGCUAAAGCUUUGCAAUGUCUUUCAAUCCUCUGAGAUAGGGCUGUGAAGCUGAACUCCUCCAGCUGUUUUCAGUUGUAGAGAACUGCCUGAUUGACGUCUCCGUAACUGUGCAGUAAGGAGAAAGCAGCACAUCUCCCUGUUACAUUUACCCUGCAACAAACAGAACGUGCUCCUCGGGCCCCUACCCAGGAAUCAGCUCAUUUCGCUUUUCUCCAUACAUUUGAUGUCAAUAUCAGACGUCAAUGCAUCAGAUGUUCUCACUGUGAAACACUCCUUUAGGGCGUAUCCUCUAAACUGGGUGUAAAAGUUGCAAAUUGCAUUCCAGAAAUCUGAGAUAGACCAGUAGCUGAUGCUGUUUUUUUCCAGUUCAGCAACAUUGGAGUAAAACGUGAAAAUAAAAAAUUCAACAAUGGCUGAUUUAGAAAAUAAACCCUAGAUUGUAAGCUGUUGCGUCUCAAAUCGUGAUAUAUGUGUAUGGUGGGUUUAUGAUUGCAUUUUGUGAUGCUCAAUAUAUUCUAAAGAAACACAACCUAUCAAUAUAUUUACCUUUGCACAAAGCACUUUAACUAUAAAAUAAUAUUGUGGUUCUGCUACUCCGUAAGACACUUAGUUUAAUUUUUGAGACAGCUCAGUAUUCUCCUAAACAGAGAAACAGGUCUGUACUCGAUCACCUGUGAAGGAAUUAACAUAGAGAGGGCCUUGGUGCAAGAAUUGCUUUUGGCCCCCUGUGUGUUUAUUUAUAAUGUGUUUAUUUAUAAUGUUGGUGUUUUAAUACAGAGCUGUGUAUGCAUGUAUUGUUUGAAUGCAAGGUUGUAUUUUUGCAUAGUGUUAACGUUUGAAUGCUGAAAUACACAUACACACUGAUACACACACACACACACGCACUGAUACACAUACACGUACUGACACACAUGCACACAGAUACAAACACUGACACACAUGAAUAUACACAGACACACAGAUACACACACUGACACACUUACGGAUACACAGACACACAGAAAUACACAAUGGCACACAUACAGAAACACAUGCUUGAUGGGUGGCCCUAAGUAUAUAUCGAAUUACCUUUCUCUUAGGGCCACCUGACAAGCAUGUGUUGAGGUAGUUCCGCUGCUGUCUUGCACACAAUAAAAUAAUCUCUCAUACAAGGCAAUGACUCCAGGUACUCUCUCCUAUUGGACAAUGGCUCUUUACUCUCUCAUACAGGUUAAUAGCUCCAGGUAAUCUCUCGUAUAGAGUAAUGACUCCAGGUACUCUCUCAUACAAGGCAAUGACUCUGUACUCUCUCAUACAGGGUAAUAGCUCCAGGUACUCUCUCAUACAGGGUAAUGACUCUGUAAUGACAAUGGCUCUGUACUCUCUCAUACAGGGUAAUAGCUCCAGGUACUCUCUCAUAUUGGGAAAGGCUCUGAUACUCUCGGUGACGAGACCAAUCUCGCCACUGUGCAUUGGAGGAGCCUGGUUGCCUGCCUGCUGCCUUUUGACUAUGGACCAGCAUUUAAAUACUUAAUUUUCCUAUGCAGAAAGGUCUAUUCAUUUAUUUCUGCCCUGGCGUUCGGUAGAUUCUCGGAUUUACUGAAUGAACUCAUUUAACACAGAUAGCUAUGCCAUGGAGCCUAUUCGUGUAAUUAAAGAUUUUGGCUCCAUGGCAAUUGAACUGUAUGUGUGUGGUCUGAGCGCCAUUCAGUAAUAAUGUGCGCUCAGACCUAAGCUAUCUGGGGAUAUGUUGCAUGUCUGUAUUUUAUGUAAUAAAUGUAACAUUGUCUAUUUUAUUGUAUUUUACUGUCUUUUGCUACCAUGUGGCUAAUGGAGUUUUGCCUCUGUCCUUUGAGAUAAUUUGAUUACUUCUCAAUUAUCUCCAGGAUAGAAGACUGGUUUUGGGCAGAAAAGCCAUGCUUCAUUUGGUCACAAAGGACUUUGAUCUAACUUUUGACCCACUGGACCAAUUUGUAUGAUUUUGACAUAUGUUUGUAUUUGGAGUAUGCUGAUUCUGAAAAUGUGAAUGUGAUGCAUACUUUUAAAGUUAUGAAUAAUGUGGAAAAACUGUAUUUCUCUGCCUGUGAUAAUUACAUUAACCCAUUGUGUAAGGUAAUUGUAUCACAGGCAGAGGGGAGGGUUUUGUGUGGGAGUGUCUGAGUGUAUUGUACGUGUUUAUUGGUUGUUUUACAAAACCCUGUGGGUGGUACUAAUGUGUAUAUAAGAACAAUAAACCCACAGCUCUGUCUGUUCCUGCUUAACCCUCAAAACGGAGCUUUGUCUCGUUCUUGGGGGGAUUUAUUGUAUGCUGUUCCAGUUUGACUGCUAGGAGUGUAAACCUAUUCGUAUGGUUUUUCCUAUUCGUAUGUUUGAGAGCAUUCAUAUGCUGCUCCGGUUCGGUGGAUUAGUGUCUUUGGUAGCUGCCUGUGUAUCUGGAAGGGGAAGAUCUACUACAUGGCGGUUUAACCCUUUUAUGCCUGGGGGUGCCGUUACACUCUCCUAUAACAUUGACACUGCUCAGGUACACUCCAGGAAAAGUGUCUUACAGUUAGAGUGUAGCAGAACUUACACUCUAACUGUCAAUCACUUUGUUAAAAUAACAUUAAAUCAUUUGCCAAUAAGAUGACAGCAUGUUUUAGAUUUCUAAAGUUUUAUGUGUUUUUAUAACCGGUUAACCUAACUCUCCUCUCUUCUAAUCUUUACCCAGCUGCUGAAAUCUCCAGCAACGGAACAGAUGGUGCUAUCAUCGGAGGUAAGGAAGACAGCUUUAAUGUAGGCAGCCAAUACGAUCAGGAUGGAGGUGGUUUUUUAGGAUCUAAUAUUAGAUGCAAGCUUAGCUUAUAGUAAGAACAUUUUAGAACAAAUGGGGGGAAAUGUAAGGGGGCGCAAAGCCUGAGGUCUCCAUGUCUCUCCAAUCUCAAAUCUGAGAUUUAGGAAUGAAUUUGCUGCUUCCCUGAUGUGUUCAGCAUUUGAUCUCUUCACAAAACUUUCUGUUUCUUUGAAAAAAAACAGUGGUAUAUCUCAGGCAGAGCCUGUUUUAUCCGAUCAUCUCAGAACGGACAAUGCGGGUUACAUUUAAAGAGGCCAACAACAAAAAAUACAUAAUUGGAUUUUAUUAUUCUGUUUUCACAUUCGAAACAACACAGGAACUCCUGUGUGCAAUGCAUAAUGGUUUAUCUUUUUUGCAGUAACUCCUUAGAGAAAAAAAAAAAUACUCAAAACUUACUCUUAUAGCCCAGAGAGUGAAGGAAUAGCAUUCUUUCUUAAUCUGCCAUACUAUUAGACAGAGAGACAGACAGAGAGACAGACAGACAUACAGACAGACAGACAACCAACAUGAUAUGGAUGGGUAAAAAUAAUAUUAAUAGAUGAAAGACAGAUAGAAUAUAUAGAUAGACAGACAGACAGAGAUAUAUAGAUAGACAGACAGAUAGAUAGAUAGAAUAUAUAGAUAGACAGACAGACAGAGAUCGAUAGAUAGACAGAUAGAUAGAUAUAAUAUAUAGAUAGACAGACCGACAGACAAGAUAGAUAGAUAGAUAGGAUAUUUGAUAGAUAGAUAGAUAGAUAGAUAGAUAGAUAGAUAGAUAGAUAAAUUAUGUAUAAUACUGCUAACAACACACUGAAUCAAUUUAUUAUUAUUAGUACUAUCACAGACCCAAAAUGCAGGUGGCUACAUUUUGCAUUACGUGUAGUAAACAUACAAGUUAUUAAUUUUAAACUAAUUUAGGCAAAUGAGCACAAGAGGUGAUGAGUGUGAUCUUUUUUUAGACAGAGAGGCCAGCGUGUGUUAUAGAGAAUAUUUCAAUGUGAAAUAAGAAAAACAUGAUUUGCUCUCUCUCAAUGGUAGGUAAGGGUGAGAAGACACACGGGGGAGGGAAGAUUAUUAUAUAACAAAACAUUGGAGGGGGAAAGGACAAGACAAUAAAAUAUUUAGGUAUCAGAGGAACGGGCGUAUCACUGAGAGGGCGAAAGGUUACAAGGAAGCAAUCCUCAUAAAGUGCGUAGCAGCUCUGCCAUCAUUACGCAUUUAUCAUUAAUUAUAUUUAUUUGUUGGAAGAUUAACAGAGGCGCUUCAAAUGUUAAUAAAAAACAAAGAAUUGAGAUGUAGUGCAGUGUAAAAUGUUAUAUUUGUUUUAUUUUAAUCUGUCAUAAUAUGAUUAAUCUUUUAUUGAGCUCUGGCAUUGAGAAAGCUGUUUUUACAUAAUUUGUGUAAAACAAUGACUUAAUCAAACCAAUGCAAAAUGCAUCUUUAGUUACCACGUGAAGUUGUUUUUAUUUUUUAAGCCCUCCAUGUUAUUUGCUAAUAACGGCAGCAGGGGCUUAUGAUGUGAGUGCCCAAUCAGAGUCACUGAUUUGUACAUUUGACCUAAUUAGUGCCUCAUAUUAUUCUAUAGAGUGGAUGAAGGAAUUGGCAAUGAAGACAGCCCAAAGUAAUUUCUGGCUAGAUAGCAAUAUUUUAAUAAUCUGCUAGUAAAAAGGUACAUUGAAAAAAAAAAACUACAGAAGAAUUCACAUUUUAGCAAAAACGUUUUAAAGCAUUUUUUCCCCCCAUUCUUGCAGGUGUGAUUGCUGCCGUAGUCGUGGUCUUGCUCUGCCUCUUGGUAGUGAUUCUCCGAUACUUAUACAGGCAUAAGGGGACCUACCACACAAACGAGGCCAAGGGAACAGAAUUUGCUGAAAAUGCAGAUGCUGCUUUGAAAAAUGACCCCAGCCUACAGGAUGCUGUGGAUGAAUCCAAAAAAGAAUAUUUUAUCUGAGUCUGAGCCUUCAGCACACAGAAGGAUUGGUUUCUUAAAGCUCUGCUUCUUCCAUUGUACUUUAAAGGAUUUAAUGUGCAAAACACUACUGCAGUAUUCGUAAAAACUCCCGAACAAAGCAUCUUCUAUCUACGGAAGGUCCUAACACCAAAGUGCCUGACUGUGACCUCGCUCUGUGUCAUACCGGGAGAAUCUACCUACCUGCAGUGUCAUGUGUCUCAUGGAUCAUUUUUAUGCCACAGCCGCACAGAAUUGAAUGAAUCUUUUCUACUUAGAACCAUUAACUAACGGCAGUGGAAUGGCACUACUCAAAAUUGCCACAUUCUCAGUUGCUAAUGGAAACUUUCAUUUUAACGGAAAGCUUAAACCAUCUUUAUUAUUUGUUUUAUUGCACCUUGAGCCUUUCAGUUCUGGUGGGGAGUGUGCAUCUUUCCUUAAAGCACUGAAAGGUUUAAACCCUACAUUGAUGCAAAGAGCAAAUAGCGCCCCCUACAGCCUGACAUUCGCUGCAUAACCACACUGCCAAGGUUUCUCCAUGCCGAGUUUCCCAGUAUACUGUGUGUAGUUGGCAUGUGAGACCACCUUGUGUCACAGAAUGUCCGUGAUACCACAAUGUUUUAUUAUAAACGCUUAUUAUCCUAAAGUUUAUUUAAAACACAUCUUAUCAUUUCACUUGCAGAUUGUAAAUACAAUUACUAGUAAAAUAUGGUAGAACCAAGCAGCAGCUGUUUGGAUGCUGGUAAAUGCGAGAAUAUCUACAUGGACAUAAUUAUUGGCUAUUCACUAUUCAGGGAUGUCAUAAAUAUGCCCACAGAUAGAAAAUCCAUGCUACGGCACUCUCAGCCAGCGAAGGUGCCAAACUCGAAAGGUUGCUUCUAUCAUUAAUGCUAUCAUUGUUUAAAUCCACGACCGCAUGUAUUGAAGGGAACAGCCAACACAGGAAUGAUAAAUACACAUUGUUAAAAACAUAAAAAAUACUUUGUCAAAUCAUAUUUUUUAUAGUUGUUAUACUUUUAUAGUUUGUUCUCAUUUGCAUGAUCAUAUGCUAAUUAAGUAUGUAUCAUUGGAGCAAUUUAUUCACAUGUUGGGCUGCACAGAAAUGUCACAAAGAGAAGGAGGUGACACGUUAGAAAUAUCUCAUGUUACAUACUUGAAAACAUAUGAAUUAAUAAUAUGUACACACAUGUUCCAUAAUGCAUGUAAUGCAGGCUCCUUCACUGCUAUGGCUGAUACAAGUGUAUUGAUACAAUAUUUCUUACAAAUGAAAAAUACACAGAUCUGAUGAUGACUCAAAAAUUUGCUCUCAUCUAAAAUGACUAGACAAUAAUCUAUUUACUAUGCACUGAACUGCAAUGAAAUGAAAUGGAAAUUGCAAAAUUCUGUAAAAUUGUCUUUUUAGUGAAUAAGCCCCCAUAGGAAUAUUGCCGACAAUUCUGUUACAUUCAAGGUCAUUAACACAUAAUGUAGCCAAUUAGGAGUAGGUUUCUGUCUCAGCCAAUAGAAACUAAGAGUGUAAAGUAACCUUGGCACAACAUCGCCAUUAAAAAAAAAUCUUAACGAGGAAUAUUGGGUAAAUAAUCAUUUAUCAGAUAUACUAAACCGUGAAUAAUGUACAGCAAGCAAGACAUAAUUAUAUGAAUCUAUGGAGAAAUUCACUGGAGACAUAUCAGCUUGAUAAAUAUGACUUUGUGGUUUUAUUUUGUGAAGCAAUAGGAUUUUUUUUUUACAGAUUUGAUACAUUUUUAACUAAGAGGUUUUCCAUCCAAAAACAUCUUUUGAAAGUAAUUAUGUAGCGCUGUUUGAUAGAUUUAGGAGUAAAGUCUUUGACCUCCGAGUGUCAGUAUAAAAGGAUAUUCGGUGAAAGAGGUCUAGUUCGCUAUAUUCCCAGUAUAGCAGUAAUUUGAGCAGUGUGUUUUAUCAGACUAAUUAAGCCAUCUAUCCACUUACACUACAUGACAUGUUUAAAGGAUCUGAUUUCAUUUAUACACAGUUUUAACCAAAGUGCCAGCAAUGUAUAUAUACAAUGUGUUUAUUUUACCUUAUAUAUUUGUACCAUCAGCCUAGAGGUAUGGGUAUGGCAAGUAUGGUGGGUAUAUGUGCAUUCAAAUAUUCCCAUAAAGCCGAUAAUGAAAUUACCAUCCUGGAAGUGAACGAGUGCUCGUACAGGCCCAAACAUUCAGUGAUCAUAACAUUUAACCUAUGUCUUUGCUAGAGACUUCCAUAGCUCAGAGUGCAGAUAGAAUGUUAGCACUCCUUGUCAUCCACACAUUUUUAUUGACAAGUCAAACUCUAUGACCUUGAAGGCAGCUUUGACCUUUUUCUUUAACAUAAUUGCUACUAAUCGAGGUGUAAUGUUUGAUAUCAGAGGUGAUUGCGAUUUUCAAGUGAUAUGAUCCUCUGUGGUUUCUCAUUAUGAACCAGUCUUUAAUUCACACAUUAUCAGCCCCGAAUAAGUCAUUUAGCGCUGGAACACUUGCCCGUGACACUUUUAUUUUUGCUGGGAUUCAAACUUGGGUUGUUUCUGGCCAAGAUUUAAUGUCUCUAACAAGAUUUAGAGUUACACAGAUUGACCUAACAUGAUGUCAUGGUACAGGCAGCUCUCCAACUGCGGUUUAGCUCGAUGACUUACUGGCUACACUAAGAAUUAUGGGUGGUAGAUUUCCGUAAAAUAAUUUCAGCAAUAGCCGUACCUGGAGAGACACAUCCAUUGGUUCUGAGUGACGUUUACUGACAUUACACAAUCUGUGUAGGACUGGCCCUGGUUUUAGCAUAAAUACGUAAUAGCAAAGAUAUAUUAUAUCAAUAUAUUCGAACACUAUUUAUCCCUCUGCUCGACUCUACAGCAAUAAACGUUAUGAUUAUUAUUACUAAAUGAUGCACUGCUAUAGUAAUAUGGCAGAUAGAACUCUGUUAGAAAUACGUAGUAAAUUUUGAAAAAUGGCCAGAACAUCAAUGUCCUAGUGUCUAUAGGAACAGAGUAGGGGGUAACCCUCAAUAAUUGCAGAACAAAAAAAGAGGUAUCUGUUCCUAAUGCCGAUAUCAGAUACACACAAAUGGUUAAAAAUCUAGAAGAUACUUUAUUAAUAAAUAGAAAACAUAAAUCUGAAAAAAUAGAAAACAUAACAUUGCCGGGUUUUUUUUCAAAUAUACGUUUUCUAUUUAUUAAUAAAGUAUCUUCUAGAUUUUUAACCAUUUGUGUGUAUCCGAUAUCGGCAUUAGGAACAGAUUCCUCUUUCUUUUUUGUUCUGUUAGAAAUACUAUCUAAAGAUACUGGUCCACGGGCAAGUUCAGAAUUAUUCAGGAAUCCGUCAGCGAGUUACAAAUUGUAGUUAAACUAAACAAAUUCUCCAACUUAUUUAUGGUCUCUAAUAAAACUAGUCUGCCCUUAACAUCUGCAAUUUUCCAGGGAACAGUUCAGCUUAGUGAAUAACGCUGAUUGUGACUUUAUGAUGAAAUUUGGAUACAGUCUAGGACCCGUGCUGACAGUUGGAGAAAGUUCUUUGCACAACUUCUGACUCCUUUUAGAGUUCUGUUUAAUUGCUGUCAUACAGAGGUUUAACCCUUUAGAUGAUGAAAAUGCGAGUAACAUAUUCUCCAUUUGAGAAAAGAUUCCACCACAAAGCUUUGUCAGUGCAAAAUGCAGCCACAAUCCCAUUACUACACCAUAUGGAGGCUCAUGUGCCUUCAUGUGCCAGCGUGCGCAUGCUCCACUAACGUACAAAGUGUUAACACACCCGUAGCUUAGCAGUCAUCACCUUAACGAGGAUUGCUGGAUUUUAAUAGGGUAAUUAUAGGGUGACUAGAUGACUUAAUGUUGUUUUAUAUUUUAUAACUCCGAGACCUUUGAAUCAAUAAAGCAGUAUUACUGCAUUUGCAGAAUUAAAAUGUCUGUGCUGUUUCUUUUAUUUAGUUUCAGUUUUUUUACGGAUUGGGGUCAAUAAUUUCAACAUUUCAGAGCAAAUGUAUCAUGUUAAGAAAAAAGACUGGAAGCUUGCCCGGGAAGCUUUCAAAACAUGUUGUAAUUGGUUUGUUUUGGGUUUUCAGACCAACGCCACAAUUUAAUUUUGUUGGAUAAACUUUUUCAGAUGAUUUCAUAUUUUUGAAUAAGCUUUUCAAAUGAUUUUUUUUUUUUUAUAAUAAAUAGCACACAUUUAUCAUACAAAAACAUUUAUCAUACAAAAAAAAUCAAUACAUCAGAAUAUAUCAAAGGAUCACAAAAUUCAAAUAUUUUUCGUAAUAUUAAAUUGUUUUAAAAAUGUAUCCUAAAAUACUUACUCAUUUAAACAGAUUAGCCAAGAAUAUAUAUAUGUAUUUAUUAUAUCUGUCCAUUAUUAGGCUGCAGUAGUUACAAAAUAUCACAUCCUUAUGUAUAAUAUCACCUUGUUUAUUUGGAAGUUAUUUUUCGGCUCUGAAACAUCACAAUCUUCCAAGUUGCUCAUUGGUGGAGAAUUCCUUCUCUUACACCAUAAUUCCAACAAAAUGUCACCCUUUUGCUGGUUGGUCAUUAUUGAAAACAAGGAGAUGGCUUAAAAAGAAUCCUGCAAAUCGGUUGCCAUGACCUAGGUAAAGAUUUGAGGACCAUGAAGAAGGUUUUUAAAUCUGAAAGAGAACAAUGGAGGUUUUAAGUCAGAGUAAAUAGAAUGAAUAGAUACGAAUAUAGACAUUUUGGGACUGUACUGGGUUUAUGUUGCCUUAACAAGAGAAGCCAUACCAAUGUAUUGAAGAUCAAUGUCGCAGACUACAGAGUAUGAAAGGCCACCAUUCUCGGCUAGAAGAAAACUUCCAUAGAACAAAAAGAAGGCAUUAAUCGGAAAUCACAAGUGUUCCCC